AUGAUAUUUCUCAUUGGAGAUUGUAUGACCAUGCCUUGGUAGGCAUCUCUUGGUUAAGUUAGAUUUUUGUAUAAGAUGUGCAAAAAAACUAAUAAAUGUGUAUUGGGUACUGCACUUGGAUUUAGUAUGCUAGUUUACUUUUGUGCUACUGCCCUUGCUGAAGUUUUAGUUAUAAACAACAAAUAGAAAGGUGGCCCAAUGUCAUAGCUAGAUAAGCUUGCUUAUCAAGAAUUUUCCAAUGAGAAGGAUAAUGUAUUUCUAGAUUCACUUACAGGGGACUACUAUCAGUACAACUAAGAAUAAGCAAAGUGGCUCCCCCAAGGAAAUGUUGGUAUGCAUUAUUCAAGAGCCGCUGAAUCAAUUGAUAACUAAGAAAAAGAAUACUUAAAGAAAAAGCAAGUCUACUAAAACCAUGAAUCCAAAUAUUCUGGUCUCUACGUUUCAAAGAUAUCUGAGUCUAAAUGCUGUAUAAAAAAGCAAUUUAUAAAUCACUGGAUAUUUGAGGGUGUUUAGCAGUAGUUUUUGGCUGAUAACAGAUUUACUUGGGAUACUCAUCCUGCAAAAAUCACAAAUUUGCACAUUGUAAAAUAAAACUAUGAUAUUUUAGCAGAAUCAGAAAGAAGUCCUAUCAUAAUAGAGCACUUUAAUACUCUGUCAUGCUAGUUUUACAUCCAUCAUCAAUAUCCAGACUCUUUAAAGAUACUUCAAAAUUACAUUAAAAAGAAGAUUACAGAUAUCUAGAGUUAUGGUAGAAUUGAUAUAACACUUGAAGAUGCGAUUUAGAAAUAAAAAUUGCAAUAAUUUUAAACAGUUAAAUAUGCUGACGAAUCUAGACAUAAGCAUAGACCUUUGAUAAAUACAUUAGAUAUAAUAGCAAAUAACACACAGCCACGAUUAAAAAACAAUGCUGUAUCUUAAGAUCCUUUAACACCGACAUAAAAUUAAAUUCAAAACAUGAAGAGUUUGAUCAUUAAAGAUUCUAUACACCACGGCACAGUCAUCCUAGGACCUGCUACACUAACAAAAUAAAGUUCCUAAAAUCACUCUGCAAAUAUUUUACUCAAAAGACAUAUAUAAAAUUCAAAUAGGAAGAAUACUGCACAUUUAGUCAUAACCGACUAAUAGGGUGCUAAGUCUGAUUAAGACAGCAACACAAUGUAUCGCAAAACACUAAGGCAAGAUUUAAAUUCAGUCUGGAAGAAACGCAGAGAUAUCAGAGAGACUCUACAUCCAACGCUUGAUAAAAAUCAUUUACCUAAAAACCCAAAUAAUCCUCUAAAAGUAUAAAAUUUAUUGCUUUAAUUCUUAAAGAUGUUUAUUGAUAUUCAUAAUCAAAGCUCAUAGAGUAAUAAGCUUUAAUUGUCAAACAAACCAUUUAACAGGUUCAAAGAUUUCUAAAAGAUGCCUCAGAAUAACUUUGACAUUUAACUAAGAUUAAAAAAAGACUAAUAAGAUAAGUAAUACUGGGUUACUCCUGGAAAGGAGUUUGCAGCAUUUUUCGAUAAAGCCACUUUAAACAAUCAGGAAUACAUCUAAAACUAUGUUACACGGGAUCCCUCUUAAAGUCCCUUUUUGCACAAGUUUAGAGAAGAAAAAAAGCGUAAAUGGAUUAGCAGCGCUCUAAAAUUCUGA